CUGUGCGCAAAGAGCCAAGUCCAGGACAAACUGUGCGUUUUCCUUUUCCUCCGCUGGGAGCCCAAAACAGGCGGAGUUGAACCUCUCUGGGGAAGUUUCCUUUUCCUUUUCUUUUUCCUUUUGCUUUACUUAAAGGGGAAUAUUUUGGUCCGAGCCUUUUCGCCGACAUGGAGUACACGUCGUCCCCGAAACCGCAGCUCUCAUCCCGGGCAAACGCCUUCUCCAUAGCCGCGCUGAUGUCCAGUGGGAAACCCAGUAAGGACAAAGAGACGGAAGAGAACACCAUCAAGCCUCUCGAACAGUUUGUGGAGAAGUCGUCCUGCAACCAGCAGCCCCUGGCCGACCUGUCCUCCCUGGACGGCCACGGGGACUUCAGCGGGAGCGCGCCCGGGGUGUGCACGGAGCCGCUCAUCCCCACCAAUCCCGGCAUCCCCAGCGAGGAGAUGGCCAAGAUCUCGUGCAGUCUGGAGACCAAAGAGCUUUGGGACAAGUUUCACGAGCUCGGCACCGAGAUGAUCAUCACCAAGUCGGGAAGGAGGAUGUUUCCCACCAUCCGGGUCUCUUUCUCCGGAGUGGACCAGGACUCCAAGUACAUCGUGUUGAUGGACAUCGUCCCCGUAGACAACAAGCGGUACCGGUACGCCUACCACCGCUCCUCCUGGCUGGUGGCCGGCAAGGCCGACCCCCCUCUGCCCGCCAGGCUGUACGUCCACCCGGACUCACCGUUCACCGGCGAGCAGCUGAUGAAGCAAAUGGUUUCCUUUGAGAAAGUCAAACUGACCAACAACGAGCUGGACCAACACGGACAUAUCAUCCUGAACUCCAUGCACAAGUACCAGCCGCGGGUCCACAUCAUCAAGAAGAAGGACCACACCGCCUCGCUGCUCAACCUCAAGUCCGAGGAGUUCCGCACCUUCGUCUUCAUCGAGACCGUCUUCACCGCCGUCACGGCCUAUCAGAACCAGCUGAUCACCAAACUGAAGAUCGACAGCAACCCGUUCGCCAAAGGCUUCCGGGACUCGUCGCGGCUGACAGACAUGGAGAGCAGGGAAAGUGUUGAGAAUCUGAUCCACAAGCACUCGUACGCCCGCUCGCCGAUCAGAACCUACGCCGGCGACGAGGAGAACCUGAGCGAGGACGGACACGCUGCACACGCCAGAGGCUCCGCGUUCACCGCCUCGGACAACCUCUCCCUGAGCUCCUGGGUCACCACCACUUCGGGCUUCUCGGGCUUCCAGCACCCGCAGUCCCUGUCGGCCAUGGGCACCAGCACCGCCUCCCUGCCACACCCUAUCCAGGGCUCCCUGCCCCCCUACAGCCGGCUGGGCAUGCCGCUGACGCCCACCGCUCUGGCGGGAACCAUGCAGGGCAGCGGGCCGUCCUUCCCUUCCUUCCACAUGCCCCGCUACCACCAUUAUUUCCAGCAGGGGCCAUACGCCGCCAUCCAGGGACUCCGCCACUCCUCCACGGUCAUGACGCCCUUUGUAUGACUCCGUCCUGGGGAGGACACGGCCGAUCCUUGCUCUGAGGCUCAUCCCCAGUCCAGCGUGACCAGUUAUUUCUCCACUUUGGCUCACCACUCCUCCACCAUCCCGUUUGUGUCUUUCCCCCCUGGUCUUUGUAAAUAGUUCACCUGCAGAGCAGAGGAUGUGGCGUACUGAUCCAGAAGAUCCAGAAAAGAAGGACUGUGGCGCCUCAACAGGACAUGCAGACACAUCAACAGGUCACUUUGGUGACACUGUAAUUUGACAUUGACACUUACAACCUCAAUACAAACUAGAAAACCUAAUGCAAGAUGAAUAAAAGGAGG